GGGAGGGCACAAAAAGAGGCUUGUUCCAGGAGCUGUUCCAUGUAUUUUUACAUGGAACAGUGCCACCAAGAGUAGACCAACCAACAAGGUCCAGGACAGAAGGUUGGAUAGCAUGGACUGCGUACCAACAAUGCCUACACCGGCUGACACUGCAGAUCUGGCUUCGACUACGGCCAGUGACCCGACCCAAACGUCUACCCCCCACCCAACAGCAGAUCAUGAUUACCAUGAGAAACAACACGCCACAACUGAAGAAAAAUUAGCUUCUGCACAUGCAGAGAUAAAACGCUUACAAAAUUAUGUAAAUGUUCAGUCUGCAAAAUUAUUUUCUAUAAGGCGUUUCGCUACCAGUCCUGUGGACAUCAAUUUUUAUACAGGUUUUGCUGAUUUCAAUGAGCUAGAUCAUUUUUUUCAGUGGCUCUAUCCUACUGCUUCAAAGAUGCAAACCUGGACACAGUUUCAGAGAGGCACUGAUGUAGACAAACUACACUGUGGAUUUCCAUGUUCUUUGUCAUUGUUUGACCAAUUAUUUGUGUUUCUCAUUAGAGUAAGACAAGGUUACCCUGAAACACACUUGGCACAUCUGUUUAAUGUCAGUGUUUCAACUAUUUGUAGAAUAACUAUUACAUGGGCCAAUUAUCUGUAUUUUUUGCUUGGAUGUGUAUGCAUUUGGCCCUCUAGAGAAAUGAUAAAUGAAAGAAUGCCACCAGAAUUUAAAUGUUGCUAUCCUGCAACACGGAUUAUUGUUGACUGUACUGAAUUGAAAUGUCAAACGCCAACCUCUAGGGUUGUCAAUUCAGAAAUGUUUUCGCAUUAUAAAACCCACACCACUAUGAAAGCAUUGAUUGGUAUUGCUCCCCAUGGGCCAAUUACUUUUAUCAGUUCACUUUAUGAAGGAUGUAUUUCUGAUAAGGAAAUAACCAAACAGAGUGGUCUCUUGUCAUUGUUAGAGGUAGGCGAUGGAGUUAUGGCUGACAAAGGGUUUUUGAUUGAUGAUCUUCUUCAGUCUACUGGUGCUCACUUGAUUAUCCCCCCCUUUCUCUCAAAAUCAAAUGAUUAUCAGUUUACUAGAAAGGAUGUAGCAAUCACACAGGAAAUAUCCAGACUACGUAUACAUGUGGAGAGAGCAAUCAGAAGAGUGAAGGAAUACCAUAUUUUUGAUGGCAUAAUUCCAUUAACCAUUGUAGGAUCUGUAAAUCAAAUUUGGACUGUUUGCUGUCUAUUAUCAAAUUUCAGGGGUUCUCUUUUUUUAUGUGAUGCAAAGAGAAAACUUAUGAAACAUAACAUGGCUAAUGCCUCUGUACCGAGAGUCUGGUGACUUUGGACCAUUACUUGAACCAUGUCAUCAUGGUGUGUCAUCUUGAUAAAUACUCAUUAAACAGAAAUGUGAUAAUUGUUUACUGGUACAUUACUUCAAUAUGGUAUAGUAUGCAAUCAGUUUUGCAAGUUCUUGUGUCAUAGU